CCGCGCCUCCGUGGUGAACAACCGCUGCUGCUAGGGUUUUGUUUAGCCGCCACUGCUAGGGUUUCGAAUAGCCGCUGCCAAGGUUAGUUCGUUAUUGUUUUUUUCAAUCUCAAAUCAGUUUUUCAGCCGUGUAUGGAAACAAUAGCAGAUGAAAAGAUAAAGAUUGAAAAGUUUGAUGGAUGUGAUUUUGGGUUUUGGAAGAUGCAAAUCGAGGAUGUUCUUUAUCAUAAAGACUUGUACCAAACGUUAUCGGGAGAAAAGCCAGAAAAAAUGAGUGAUGCAGAUUGGGCGAUUUUGGACAGGAAAGCUUUGGGAGUAGUUAGGUUGUCAUUGGCGAAGAGUGUUGCUUUCAAAAUAGUCAAUGAAACGACUACGCAUGGGUUAAUGAAAGCUUUGUCGAAUAUGUACCAGAAACCCUCAGCAUUGAACGUGUUUUUUAUCAAACAGUUGGUUAGCACCAGAAUGAGGGAGGGUGCUUCAGUUACCAUUCACAUCAACCAGUUUAAGUCGGUCAUAACUCGGUUAGGAUCAGUUGGAAUUAAGUUUGAUGAUGAGCUUCAGGCGUUGCUGCUUUUAUCUUCUUUGCCUGACAGUUGGUCUGGAACAGUGACUGCAGUUAGUAGUGCAUUUGGUACUACUAAGUUUACUUUUGAAGGAAUUCAGGACUUGAUUCAAGAUGAUACGGGCAUGGGGGAUAUUGACUUGAAAACUUCAGUUGGAGCCACUAGGACUUUGAAAAACGUCAGAGUCAUUCCAAGCUUGAAGAGGAUGCUUAUCACAGUUGGGCAGUUGGAUGAUUCGGGUCUUGAUGUUAAAUUUGGUGGUGGACAAGGGAAGGUGGUCAAAGGAAAUCUUGUUGUUGCUUGUGGCAAGAAAAGGGGCUCGUUAUAUAUGGUCGAGAUACCUCCAGAAGGAGCAAGUCCAGUUUUUGUAAAAGAAAAGGUCCGGUUCAAAGAAUCUCAUGUGCUAAAGAGGGUUACCUUUGCAAAGGAGAAACUCAGAGAAAGAGAGAUUCAGGAUGAACUAGCUCGGAAGGUUCAACCAGUAAGGGAAUUUUGUGACAGUGGGAGCACAGGUCGUGCUUCAGUUAACAAUUUGCUUGGUUUGGAGAAUGUAGGUUCUCAGAUUGUCUUAGAAGCCAGGAGAGUGAUAGAUGUGUCACACUCGGAGCUAGCAGAGAAAGAGAACGAGUCACGAGUUGUGACUAAUGAGUUGAAGCUCAGUGGGAGCUUCAACGGGCCUUCGGAUAACUGAAGAGAAGGCCGCUGCAACUAGUGGAAAAUGAGGAUUACAAGAGUUACAGAUGAUGAAGACUAAGGGGCGUUGUUCGAGCCUCCAAGUGGGAGAUUGUUGGGCGAAUUGAGUGUGGAGGCUCGACCAGGAAGGGCAGCCGGCCCUAGUCUUGGUUCGACCCAUAUGGCAGUAAAUUAUGUUUUUAAUUUAGCCGGCCCUAUUUCUCUAUGUGGGUUUGGGCCUAACUUGGGGAUUAAGUUUUCAACCCUAGUUUAGUCUUCAUAAAUAGGGAUCUCUGUA